AGCUCGAAAGCGUCAAGGCUGAGAUCACUAUUGCUAUUUUGCCUCUGAAGAGGAUUGCAUAUAAUGUCUGCUUUUCGGGCACCUUCUCUCCGCUCCGCGCUGCGCUCAGCUACGCUGCCUCUUCGCGGCACACAGCGACGAUGGGCGCAGGUGCACGAUGUUCGAUUCUUGGCCACGCAUCGCGAUCCUAACCGCUACGUUGAUAAGUAUCGGGAAAAGCUGACCGAAAAGGCCAAAGAACAAGGAUUGAAUAAUGUCGAUGAGCUGAAAGAGGUCUACAAAGAGAAAAUUGAUGCGUUCCGCAAAGAGGCUGCUGUCCCUGGCGCCAACUCCCCCUUUCCUCCGCCACCACCUCCGCCAACACCGCAAACCGAACCCACGCCCAGCCCAACUUUCAAUGGAUCUACCCCCCCUGCAAGCGCUUCGUCGCCGAACUCCAAGGUUCCUCCGGGCGUGAAGACACUGUCUUCCUUCAUCGACGUGGAAAAGACGCAAUCGCUCCCGCCCAAGGAAAUUGAAUAUAUCUGGAGAUUACGACACGCCAACGACAAGAACUCUCUCUGCGCCGUGGUUCCCGCAAGCACAUAUGCGCGGAUUGCAGAGACCGCACGGAAAUAUCCGCAAUUCAUCUUGCCUCUCCCGCGCGAGGAACAGGGUGCCGAGAUUCAUUUCCUGCAAUGGACGUUCCCGACUUUAGACCAGGCGACCGUGCUGUUCACAAGUCUGGCAGAAUUCAAGCUGCGCGGAGAGUUCGCUCAGCCUCAUACGACUAUCACGCAUCACCUCGACCUUGCUGAUUCAAAGGGCCUCGUCUUGCUCCAGGGAGCCGUCGUGGAGAGUUCCGGCGUCAGUGUCGAUGACUCUCGCUUCUUGCUCAUGUGUUUGCAAAAGUUCUACGCUAUUGAAGACCAGCAAACCCCUGGUCGACAGAAAUUGCUCGAACAGUUUAGCCAAGGCGAUGCUGGGUUCAAGGUUGAGGAGCUAUUGGAAGAGGCUGAAAAGCUUUGAAUGAAUCCACCAACGUCAAGUGUGUAUCAUUUCUUCAUGUAUAUUAUUUACAAGUCAAUCGGAUUAAAAGAGACGAGGUGGAAUGCUCGGAUGUCCAGACACUGGGCUCGAAAUUGCAUCACGCCAGGAGCGACUGGAGUUUAGCUAUGGGACUUUUCUGUGUAUUUUCUGAAAAAAAAAAAAAAAAAAAAAAAUAGAGGUGG